GCUAAGCGGAGUGAAGCGCAGCGGCUCCGGGAAAAAAGCUGGUGGAGUUUGGACUGAGAGCAACCAGGGGAACUCCAGCUCCUCGUCACCUCUUGAAACUUUCACCUUCCUGCCCGGUGCCUCGGGGUUAUGGACUACUAACUUUUAACAAAGCCCCCCUCCGCACAGCAACUUAAAAGCGAGCUGUCAGCAGUCUAAAGCGCCGCUGCCCUCACAUCGACCACAGCCUCACUGAAAGCAGCGACCAUGGGUAAGCAGAACAGCAAGCUCCGUCCUGACGUCAUGCAGGACCUGAUGGAGAACACGGACUUCACCGAGCACGAGAUCACCGAGUGGUACAAGGGCUUCUUGCGGGACUGCCCCAGCGGCGCUCUGUCCAUGGAGGAGUUCAAGAAGAUCUACGCCAACUUCUUCCCGUACGGCGACGCCUCCAAGUUCGCCGAACACGUCUUCCGCACGUUCGACGCCAACGGAGACGGGACUAUUGACUUCAGGGAGUUCAUCAUCGCCCUGAGUGUCACCUCGCGUGGUCGGCUGGACCAGAAGCUGAAGUGGGCGUUCAGCAUGUACGACCUGGACGGCAACGGAUACAUUAGCAAGGCAGAGAUGCUGGAGAUUGUAACGGCCAUUUACAAGAUGGUUUCCUCUGUGAUGAAGAUGCCUGAAGAUGAGUCCACACCUGAGAAGCGCACAGAUAAGAUCUUCAGGCAGAUGGACACAAAUCGAGAUGGUAAACUGUCCCUGGAGGAGUUUGUGGAAGGAGCAAAGAACGACCCGUCCAUCGUCCGGCUGCUUCAGUGUGACCCCAGCAGUGCUGGACAGUAGAAAACUGGACUUUUUCCACACUUGAUCUAUUCAACACAAUUUCAAAAUCACUCCCUUCUGACCAACCUGAGAUUUCUGACAUUAAUAUCUUGUGCUAUAAAGGCACGUGAACAAACAUGUAGACACACAUAGACUCCAUGCAGCUGUACGUACUACAAAUACUGAAGCCUGAUGCAUAUACACCCCUUUAGACGUGCACACAAUGUUCAUGCGCCUCUAUGCCUGGUCGAAAACUCCCAACACGGGUCUCAUAUAUGGUACGAAUAUAAGUCAGUGGACUGGCAUCCCAUCAAAGACUUAUUUCAAAGCUGUGCUCUCUGUCAGCGAGGAUAGUCCAGCACAUUCAUGUGGUACGUUGAGCCGAAUCCAAGUUUGCUCUUUGUUUUUAUUCCUUUUAUUUGUUACUUUUAAAAGCACAGUUCCCGAUCUGAAGGGAAUCCUGCUCGUUUUGUUCUGCGUGACUGACUUGGGUUGUUUAGCGACGACGCACAGAUUUUUACUAAGUAUUGAAAUCUAACUCCACGUUAACACUGGAAGACAUGAAGCAUAUGAAUCUGGGACUACAAAUGUUCUCAGCUGCAGUAUGGCUACGUAGACAGAACAUCUGGGAAUUGUAGUUUUUAACCAUAAACGAAUUUUAGAAGGGAUGAAAGAAGUUUUUAUUUUCUCUUUAUAAAUGUAUAUUUUGGAGGAAUGUUACAGCGAACCAAAACUGACUCAGAUUUCUAAAUGAAGGGGAAUAUUUUGACUGCAGAUUACAACCAUCUGUUCUUUUGAAAGUGACUUUUUAUGCCAAGUUCAACACACAUGCACACAAAUACACACGUAUUUCUCACACAAAUGCAUACAUUCAUUUUACUCAUGAAUACAUGAACUUGACAUAUGCAUAUAAACCGAACUGUGAUUCUCUUUCUUCAACUAUGGUUCAACAAGUGUAUAAGGAGAAAAAAAAAGGUAGAUGUUAUAUGAAUAUAUAGUAUGUACUUAUAUAUUCUUUUACUCUGUGAUAACAUUGUGGCGAUUUGCCGCAACGGAAGAGAUUCACUGUAAAAUUUUGACAUAUAAAUUAUUGGAAUGUGAUGAUAAACAUUUUAUUUUCUUCUACUUGACAAAUAUGAUAUGAAAGAAAGUUGUACAGUAUAUUCACUCAUAUUUAUACUAGAUGUUAAAACAAAGGAGAGGACCACACAUACUGCUAUGCAUUCAGCUUUGAAUAUCAUCUGCUGCAUUUAGUUCAUGUAGGUUUUUUCCCCCCUUUUGAGUCAGAAAACAACUACAGUUUUAUCCUGAUCUCUCCAAUCACUUUACAUUUCCCAGCAAAAAAGAAGUCAAUAAGUUUUUCCUGUAAAAUGUGUACAUUUUUAAGCAGUCUCCAAACUAACGUGCACCAAUAAUCAAAAAAUGUUUGCGCGUGUCUCCUAAAUGUGCACUUUUUUUCCUCAAAAAUCAACUACAGCUGUAAUUGUCCUUUAAUCUGAAUGCUACUAUGACAGUUACAGAUAUUUUUGUGACGAUAAUACACAGUUACAGACAUUUAACUGACAGAUCAAUGCUUUGGCGUAGGUUGCGGGUGAACAGCAGCAUCCACCAGACCUCGCUGUGUUUCUGCAGGAUUUACAAAAUGCUCUCCGCUGCUUUAUAUCCGCAUUAAUUUACACCUGCCUGUCCCUGCUGAUCUGAAAACAACAUGAGAUAUUGUGGUGGAUAAAUGCGACUUUGGGGUGAAAAAAUAAUACAGCUAUGAUUAAUUCUCCCGGCUUCCGCGCAUUUUAGCGAGGCAUUCAGGUACUUCAGUCCCACAUUACAUUUCAAUAGCAUGUUGUGGUCAAGUGCCAAAUAUAGAUGAAUUAAAUAAAAUUGAAAAAAAAAACACAGUAUUGUGUCCGUUUAUACUGUACAGUUGUUACCUGUCGAACAAAAAAACAACCUUUGUCACUGUAUCAUUUUGUAGAUUUUGUAUUGUUAACUUGCAUUAUGUGUUCUGUGUAGGAUGUCCAUUUUGUUAUUCAAAUAAAGACAAAAUGGGAA